AUGAUAAGGAAAGAAAAACCAUUAUUUCUUCUUCAACCAACCCUUUCUAGGAAUGUGUCUUCUUUUAAUUUGGUUGCCGUCGGUCAAAAAAAGGGUCGUUUGAUUCCUUUCUCAAGCCAACAGAAUAAGAUAGCUGCAUCAAUAUCGGACAGUCAUUUGUUGAUGGACUUUGUAAGAAUUCCUUGUAGAUUCAAGUCUUCGCAAACGAAUCGUCCUUCUGUCUUUUCGCGAUGCAAACUUUCAGAUUGUGUGGAUACUGAGUACGGAAUUCCUGCAACAUUGAAAGAAGUCGCUCUGUGCAAACAGAUAAUUGAUUCCGUCAUCUAUGAAGAUCAAGACUUAAUAGCCUUCAACAAACCUCUUGGAAUACAUGUGUUUGGUCAGACAGUUCCUGGUCAGGAAGACGAACUUGGUUAUGGCGUUCCAAUUUAUCCUGACUUACCUCCGCAGACGUACGCAUGUAUUGCAGAUAUCAUGCCAAUGCUUAGACAACAUUUUCAAUGCCCGAAUUUGCAAAUCACUCAUUCAAUCAAAGUGUUUUAUGCAGGUGUCCUAAUUAUGGCAAAAAACACAAAGGCGAAAGAUGCAGUGAUACAAGCACUUGACCGUUCCAAGAGUAUGGCAUUACCCUAUCAAACAUAUUUAGCCGUGACCUACGGAAUUCCACAAAUAGAAGGUUUUAAGGAAUCAACACUUUACCUUGUUCAAAAGAAGCACCAAGGUGAACUUUUGUCCUUCCCUUGUCCGUCAGCCUCAAAGACAAAAAGGAAACAUGGUCUGAUUCAGAAAGUUAACAUCAGAUGUAAUGUUCUCAAAAGAAAUAAUACCAUGAACUGUGCCUUGGUACGUUUUGAUACUUCGAAAGAUAAAUGUCACAGUACUGAAGUAUUCGCCACGCAAGAACUCUGCAGCAUUCUUGGAGAUUACCUCUACUCAUCAAGAGUUGCAAAAAUUUCACAUAUACCCGUGAAAGUUGAACCACAUUUAGCUGAAGUUGGUAAGCAGAAACUGCCAUCUUUGCUGAAAAAUAUCCUCCGUUUGAACCAUGGUGAGCAAAUGCCACUUCAUCUCUACCGUGCGAAAGUAGACCUGAGAAAUUUUUGGAAGAAAUCAACACUGUCUAUUGUGGCGCCAUACCCAUCUUACUUUGCUACUACUCUGAGGAAACUAAAUCUGGAGCUGCCGUUUGAGGACAUAUUCAAAAAUGAUAUUCAAAAUGGUUGA